GAUCUGCCGGCACGCCGCGCCUUGAUGUGUUGACAUGCAAUGGGCCCUGCUUGCCAUGCGAGCAUAAUGAGCUAACUGCGCGCCUCGGGAGCCAUCCAUUUCACUCUCCCUCUCCCUCGCUCUCUCUCUCUCUCUCGCCACUGCCCGCUUUCACUCGCUUGACUCUCACCCGCUAAUCUGUAGCUGCUGUUGUCAACUGCUGAUCGCUCCGCGCGUCCCAUUGUUCAAUCUCACUGUCGCCUCCCGAACAUGGGACUGGCGGUACUUGUCGACCUGGACGCGUAAUCCUUCUAAUUCCCCAAGAGUCGCGACACAAUGCGGCUCUCUAAUGCUUUCUUUUGUCUAUCACUGCUAGCGUUUUCCCUUGCGCUCCCUACCUUGGCGUCGCACAACGGCUUGCGGCGCCGGCAAGAUGGUUCUGACGGCCCUUCAACUGCAGCAGAGGCCUCGGGCACUGCCGAAAGCGUAAAGACGAGCAUUGCAUCUACAGAAGAACCUGCAUCGGCGGCGCCGUCGUCGACCGCAGCAGCUACUACUGAUGCGGCCGCGGAAUCAUCCACUGCUUCUUCCACUGCAACGGAAGCGGCUGCGACGACGACAGCUGCUGUUGCAAGUACCACAGCGUCAGGUGGUGCCUUGCCGUCGGCGAGCCCAACCUCAACGAACAUUAUUGUCGUGUAUCCCGGCCAUGGAUUACCCCUCCCGCCCAAACUUACCCCUGCCAUGGCCGUAGCGGGCGCCCUGCUCAUAGUGACGGGCGUAGUUUACGGCAUAUCCGGCGCCCGCACCAGAUGGAUAUUCAUACCGGUUUCAUCGGGCUACCUCGUGGCCAUAUCGGUCACGGUGCUCAUCGAGUAUACGGCGAGCCCGCCAGUCACCGAUGCCGUUCAAGGCGCAUUUGUCGUCGCUGCUAGCGUCAGCGGGGCCAUCUUCGGCGCCAUCUCCCUCAUUUUCCCAGACAUAACAGAAGGCUUUGGCUGUCUUCUCGGUGGCUUCUGCCUUAGCAUGUGGUUUAUGGUCUUGAAAGAAGGAGGUCUAAUCACUGCAACAGCCGGCAAGAUCCCAUUCAUUGUUGUCUUGAGCGCGGUGUGCUACUCACUCUCGUUUUUCAAUCGGACGAGAUCAUACACCCAGAUCGGCUGCACUUCUUUUGCCGGUUCGACGGCCCUCGUUAUCGGGAUUGAUUGCUUCACAAGAGCAGGUCUGAAGGAGUUCUGGCUCUAUAUCUGGGACCUCAACGACAAGAUAUUCCCCUUAAAAACCAACACAUACCCCGUCACACGCGCCAUUCGUGUUGAAAUUGCGCUGGUAUUCGUGCUUGCCCUGUUUGGAGUGGUGUCGCAAAUGAAGCUGUGGAAACUGGUCAAAAGACGGCACGCGGCGCGCAAUGCGCGUCGCCUCGAAAAAGAGCAAAAUGACCAGCGGGAAGAAGAAGAAAAUGGUCGGAGAGUCAUGGAAGCCACCGCGCGUGAGCGCAUUCAGUGGGAGGCCAUGUACGGCGACAAACCGGCGGCGGUUGUCCAAAGCGAAUCAACCAUCGAUUCGGCAUCCGAGACCAUCAAGAAGGGAGCGGUGAGCGUUCGGGAGGUCGAUCGCUCGGAUUCUGGCGACAGCCUCGAAAUGAGCGAUUUCGGCAGGUCCAAAGAAGGCAGCGAGAAUGACCUCAUGGGCGCGCGCACGAGCGGGUGCACGGCCAAAGCACAGGACGACGAUAUACAACGGAUCGACACGCACGGAAAUCAGAUCGCAAGAUCUGCUCGGCUGUCUUCGGUGCCCAGCUUGAAGCGUAAUUCCGCUUCACUUGUUAGGCGGUCAAUCGACCGAAAAGAUUCCCUCCAGACGAAUACGUCGGCGACGAAGCUAGGAAUUGGCCGGUCAACCCCUCCCCCUCAACCUCCAUCGUCUGGUCCUCCAGUCAUCCCGCUUCCUUUCACUGUGUCAUCUGAAGAUGACUCGGGUUUUGGCUUCUUGGAGCAAAACUCGGAGGCCUCUCUGAUGGAAGAGAUGCAGGAGGAAUCCGACGAGAUGCCGGACUCCAAGAGAGUGUCCAAUACCACCUCUCUUGCUGCGACACUUGAUGUUUUGAACGAGGAGCUCAGUUCCCUGCCGGCUCUCUCAAGGGCGAACACGCCUAUGAGCAUGCUCAGUGGUCGCGAUUUCAAAACCGUCUCUGAGCUCGCUUUGGGCGGCGAAGAAGAGGACGGUGGAGACAAUGAUGAUGCCACCACCCACCGCCAGAAGGCAUUUUUGGAAUUGACUGCAAGUAACGACCCGAACCUGAACAAGCAGGAGAAGGGCGAGCGCGUAUCUCUCCGAUUGUCUGGCGCUUCGGGUACCGGUGAAGAGAACAGCUCCAGCCAUGGCCGGUCUCGCUCAAAGAAGCUGGCUGCUCAGUCUGACAGUGGGCAUUCCGGUGCGAAACCCUUGGCUGAGCACCUUCCUCCGAAGGUUUCCAGAUGUCAACGCAAAUUCCGCACCAACGAGUGGACUAAGCACAUCACUCUAGCUGAUAAGCCCGAGAUUGAAGACAUUCCGGAGCCUUCGUCUCCUGGAGUUGCAAUUGAAAUGGGUCGCAAUCUAGAUGAACCAAAGAUUACAGCCAAGGAGCCAAAGACUUCCGCUGAAGAGCCAAAGGCUUCCGCUGAGGAGCCAAAGACUUCCGCUGAGGAGCCGAGGACUUCUGCUACGCGGCCACCAGGACCCCGCAAACGCUGGACCAUUGACGGGACGCAAAUGCCGGGGACAAAAACUUCCCGUCAUAGUUUCGUCGAGCAGUCUUCGAGCACCUUGGUAGGAGUAUAUACACCGGAAUCAGAGCCGCUGGGCAAUGGCUGGAGAACCUCGAGCGACUCGGUGCCUAAAUCACCCCCUGCUAAACCUCAAUUCACACGCAUGCGUUCGUCGAGUGCGUCGCCACCAACAGGAACGGAGUUACAAUCUAACUCUUGGGGCUUCCGGGCCUCGUCGUCUCCGCUCAUGACGCCGAUCGUCCAGCAGACUGUGGCGGAGCUCCCGGUCGAGGAAUCAGAAGCUGCAAGAUCACCGCCGCCACCAAGGCCUACGCUUUUGGACCAUCGAAAGACACUGAUGAAAAACAAGGCAUUCACAAUGUCUUUUCAGGAGCCGCCGACGGUCGUACCCAGCGACUCCAUCUCCAAUCGCGGGACGGUGGACAAGGAAGACGAAGACGACAUGACGCUGGCGAAGCGACGGACGUUGAUCAUGAGGAGGCAGUCGAUGGAGGCGCAGCAGCGGCGACGACAGAGCGCGGUGGUGGCGCCAAUGAAAGUCGACUCGCGGCAGCCGAAGCGCGAGACGGGGACUUAUGAGGCGAUGCGGCGCGAGACGAUGAUGGCGAACUGGAGGAUGGGGGUGAAGCAGGAGCUUGAGACGAUUCGGCGUCGACCGGCGGAAAUUGACGAGCAGCGAUUAGCGGCGCUGAUGGAGAGGCAGACGCGGCAGGCGAUGGAGAAGAAGCAGCAGGAAGCGUGGCAGAUGGAGAAACAGGCGCGACCAGAAUAUCGGGCUUGGACGCCAGCAUACACGGAUUUGCACAGUCAAUUGCUGGGGAAGAUGCAGGCAAAGGCGAACAAACACGCAUAGGAGUAAGGAUAUAUACCCAGAGAGGAGCGGUGGAUUUAAUGGGAGGUAAUAAUAAUUAUGACGACGUAGAUGUAAAUGAUGGUAGGCAGGGGGAGGAGGGAGGCCGGGCUGGCGUUUGCUUUUUUGCACCUUGCAAUCUCGACCGGGGCGUGCAUUGCAUGGCUGCGACACACUCACGACACUCCCCUUUCAAUCUCUCUUAUUCUUCUUCUCAUCGUCGUCGUAGCUACAACAGAAAUCAAAGUCGAAUCCAACAAA